AUGGCGCCAGUAACAGACUUUGCCGUCAAGGAGAUUUAUGAAUACUUGGAAGGAUUUGGAAGCUAUCACCAGUCUGAAGCGAUUCCCGGUGCAAGCCCGCUCGUCAACAACAGCCCACAGAAACCUCCCUUUGGUCUGAGGACUGAACGGAUCAGUGGCAGCUCCUUUACGGCUCCGCGGGAUCAUAGCCUACAGACAUGGAUGUAUCGUGUGAGCUCCUCGCUUCGGCACGAAGAAUUUGUGCCGUACCAGAAUGAAGGCGUGCCGAAAAAGCCCAGCGUCAUCUCGCCAAACUCAUACCUGUGGCCGAAAUUCCCCGUCGAUGCAGAGGCAGAUUGGUUGUCGCAGAAACUUUUGGCACAGAAUGGAGAUCCAGCCACCAAGACGGGCGUUGCCAUCUGGGUCUUCUCCGUGGCACAGCCCAUGAAGCCAAACACGGCCUUCUCGUCGCUCGAUGGCGAUGUGCUCAUCAUUCCACAGUCUGGGACCCUCGAUAUCCAGACAGAGCUUGGCAAGCUUCUUGUUCGACAGAACGAAAUAUGCGUGAUCCCAAGGGGCAUCCGAUACCGCGUCACUUUGCCGGCUGGGCCGGCGAGAGGUUAUAUUUGUGAGCUUUUCCAAGGCCACUUUCGUCUGCCUGAACUUGGUCCCAUAGGCUCGACUGGGCUGGCCAACAUACGGGAUUUUCAGGUUCCAAAGGCGUUUCUCGAUGGCAAACUCGAGAAAGGGACAGCGGUGGCAAAUGAUGCGACAUGGAGCAUCAUCUCGCGUCAAGCCGGACGCCUGUGGGAAGCAAAGCAGGACCAUACCGUCUUCGAUGUCGCUGCCUGGCACGGAACAAACUACCCGUACAAAUACGAUCUCGGUCGCUACUGUCCCAUGGGCAACCUACUCUUUGAUGAACACGACCCGAGUCUGUUUACGGUGCUCACGGCGCCAUCGUAUAGAGAACCCGGCGUGAAUGUCGUCGACUUUGCCGUCAUCCCGCCGCGCUGGAUGGUUGGGGAAGACACCUUGUGGCUCCCCUAUUUCCACCGAAACACCAUGAACGAAUUCUAUGCGCCAAUUGUGUCGGUCCAGCACCCUAAGCACCCUCUAAAUGGUGACCAGCAAUUCAAACCAUUUGUCGCAGGGUUGCACGGGAGUAUGACGACUCAUGGCGCGGCCGAGGAGGACUUUCAAAAGACGACAAACGGACCUACCACGCCACAAAAAGUGCAGACGGACGGCUUCAGCGUCUUUCUGUUGGAGACGGAGAUGCCGUUGUUCUUGAGCGACUGGGCGGCGAAAGCCUGUUUCAAGCCAGCUGAUGCCAAACCGCGAGGAGCUGCCAAAAUCUGA